GGGAAUCCCAUCACUCCGGGUUGUCCGCGAGCUCCCUGUGGACCAGGUGGGCCGGGGCGACCGUCCUCACCGGAGGCUCCCUGUCAGAGACACCAGGGACAAAUCAGCACUGAAAAAGUUGAAACUGAACGUGACGUCUCCUGUGUGGUCUUGUGAUGAUGAUGAUGUCGUACGAACCUUGGAUCCUGGGGAUCCUGGGAAACCGGGGGCUCCGGAAGGUCCGACAGGCCCCUGAAGACGGACAGAGAGAAGAUCUCCAGGUGGACCAGCGGGACCGGGCAAGCCAUCGUUUCCACGAGCUCCCUGAAGAAGAUGGAAGAUGCGGAUCAAGGCAGAUAUGAGACGAUCACUCACUGCAGAUCCAGCGGCUCCAGGACGUCCUCUCUCACCGGGCAGACCACGGGGUCCCUAUGACACAAGGAACAACCGAUUCAUUUAAAUACAUAUCCAAUCAUUUCCUUUAAUCUCACAAUCACAGAAGAAUCUGAACCUUCAGGAGCAUCACAGCUAAUUAAAUCUGAACUCACCAUCGGUCCGGGGGCACCGUUCUCACCAGAGGCACCAGACUCUCCCUGGUGGGAGCAGACAUCAGAAUAAUUAGAGCAAGUAAAGUGGAAACAAUACAGUAUUUUAAAAUGAAUAUCAUCACUAAAGAUAAAUGUGGUGAUGCUACCUUGGCUCCCGCGGCACCGUUCUCUCCCUUGGCUCCGUCCAGACCGGGGUGACCCUGCAGAGAGACACAUGAAGACCAUCAGGACUCACAGGUUCAUCCAUCAGUGUCCUCACAUUGUAACGAACGAGAGGCUGCAGCUCUGAGACAAAUCGAGCGGCUACUUAUCCUGAAAGGUGACAAGUUGAAUCACUCACUCUGUGUCCUUUAAUUCCAGGAAGUCCAGGAGUUCCAGGGAAUCCACGAGCUCCCUGGAAUGUAAAGAAAGAAUCUGUCAUUUUCUUUACUCAACAUUUGGUGUAUGGAUAUGAGAUUAUUUUUGCAUUUAAGUAUGACACGAUCACUUAUUGAUUGAUUGUUGUUCGCUCACCUGAGGCCCGGCAGGUCCUCGCUCUCCAGCUUUGCCGGGUUUUCCAGCCUCACCCUGAAAAAAAACAAAAACCGUGGAAAGAUUAUUUUGAGAGAAAUUUGUAGCCUGUGUUUUGUGCAGUCCAUCAUUUUCAUCAUUGUUGUUAGGACGUAGACGGCGCCCCCUGGUGGCACGUAUAGUUCAUAGUGUCAAGCCUGUGUGGGAGAAUAUAAUCUAAAAUAAUAGAAAAUGAAAUAAUAAUAAUAAUAGAAAGGAAGGUGAAUUGUUAGUUGGAAAAAAAAACGAGCACAAGGAAGAAAAAAAAACCACUGCAGCAGUUUUACUCUUUGUUUUUUCUUUGACCUUUGACCUUUGUUUGGAGCAGGUUUCUAUAUUUGAAUGUACUGUGACGCCUGGACACUUACAUCACUUCCUGGUUUUCCGGAAGGUCCGGAUGGUCCACGAGGUCCCAUUGGUCCCUGAUGAAAAACAAAUGAUCGGUCACGUCAUGACGUAGAGCUGUAAUGUACUUACAGGAGCUCCGGACGGUCCUGGGGGGCCACGGGGGCCCAUGGGACCCUGUAGGUGAAACACAGGACACUCAGAAUCCACAAACAGUUGCUCUGAACGUCAGCGGUGAUCAUGUUCUGAUGUUUGUGACAGACUUGUACCACGCACCAUCGGUCCUUGCAUCACGCCCAUCUGAGCGCCUCCGGCCUUCUCGUCGAAUCCUCCGGCCAUCUGAGCAGCAAAGUUCUGGAAAACCAACCCCUCCAAGUCCCGGUGGUCCAGGUGGUCCGGCUGCGCCAGGGUUUCCGGGGAUGCCGGGCUCGCCGUCACGUCCUCGAGGUCCAGCAUUUCCCUAGGGAAAAAGAGACACGGUCGUUUCUUUUGUCCCCCAAGUCACGUGUGUCGCCAGACGGGAUUAAAAAGCAGCUUCCAGCUCUACUUCAGCCCCUCAAAACCUGGCUGUCCAGAGUGGCCUCUGAGCCAGAGCCUCACGCAGGACCCUCCAGAUGACUGAGCCUGAAUCAAAGCACCAGCGCCGAUAACAGACGCUGGGGUCUGUUGACCCCGUGUGAGUGUCACAGUGUCACAGCCCCGCCCCCCCACCACCCCCCCGGCCGAGUCACAGCCUGCACAUGAUCCCGAGUGUCUGUGUGAGACAGAAGCGGUAGCAGCUACUGGAGCCCAGAGGACCGACAGGGGGAAUUGAAUUAUAAACAAUUUCCUUCCUUCCAUCCUCAUCGCAAUGCAUUGGCUGAAAAGUCUGAGAGCGGCGAACCCGGGAAUCUUGCAGCUGUUCAAAAGUGCAGGGGCGGUCUCGUCGGGCAGAGUCGGAGCGGACAGCGCUGUGUUGUCCCGGACGCAGCAACCUGUUCCCGUGGCCUGCCGGGCCGCGGCGUCGGCCCACGGCCGGCGAGCCGUCCAUCAGCAGAGCGGCCCGGACGUGGACCAGGGACACGCCAACAGGAGCAGGUUGAUGUCCAGCAUAGAGGACCUGCUCUUCUACACCAUCACUGACGGCAAGGAGACGAUCCCCCUCUCCCAGUUCAUAUCUGCUUUAAGGAAGACGGGCUUGUUGACGUCCGACCCUCGGCUGCGCGACUGCGUCCAACAGAUGCGACAGCACUCGCGUGACUCGGUCGGCCCCGUCAUGAUGGACAAGAAGCUCUUCAGGAGGUGUGUGGCCAACAACAUCAUGCUGCUCACGAAGGCGUUCAAGAAAAAGUUCAUCAUCCCCAACUUCGAUGAGUUCACGCAGCAGAUUAACAGGAUGUACGACAGCGCACAGCAGCAGGAGGGAGGCCAGGUUGCCGAUUACAUUCCUCAGCUGGCGAAGUUCAGCGCCGACCUCUGGGGCGUGUCUCUGUGCACCAUCGACGGACAGAGAUACUCGGUGGGCGACACCAAGGUUCCCUUCUGUCUGCAGUCGUGCGUGAAGCCCCUGGAGUACGCCAUCGCCGUGCACGAGCUGGGCAGCGAGCACGUCCACCACUUUGUGGGCAAAGAACCCAGCGGCUUCAAAUUCAACAAACUGUCUCUGAACGAAGAAGAUAAACCACACAACCCGAUGGUGAACGCCGGAGCGAUCGUCAUCAGCUCUUUGAUCAAGCCUCACUCAAACAAAGCCGAGAGGUUCGACCAUGUGAUGGAGUUCGUGAAGACCAUGGCCGGCGCCGAGUACGUGGGCUUCAGCAACGCAACUUUCCAGUCAGAGAGGGAGACCGGUGAUAGGAAUUAUGCAAUUGGUUAUUACCUCAAGGAGAAAAAGUGCUUUCCUGACAACGCAGAUAUGACUGCAGCCCUCGACUUCUAUUUUCAGUUGUGCUCCAUCGAGGUGACCUGUGAGUCAGGAAGCGUCAUGGCCGCCACCCUGGCAAAUGGCGGCAUUUGCCCAAUCACAGACGAGCGUGUGCUCAGCGCCGAAGCAGUUCGCAACACCUUGAGUCUCAUGCAUUCCUGCGGCAUGUACGACUUCUCGGGACAGUUCGCUUUCCACGUGGGCUUGCCUGCUAAAUCUGGCGUUUCAGGCGCCGUGCUGCUGGUGGUCCCCAACGUCAUGGGGAUGAUGUGUUGGUCGCCAUCGUUGGACCGGCUCGGAAACAGUGUUCGUGGAAUUCACUUCUGUCAGGACCUGGUGUCGUACUUCAACUUCCACAACUACGACAACCUGAGACACUUCACCAAGAAACACGACCCCCGAAGAAGUUCGGACGACGAUCCGAACAAGUUGGUGGUGAAACUGAUGUUUGCGGCGUACAGCGGUGACACCUCCUCACUCAGGAGAUUUGCCCUUUCAGCCAUGAAUAUGGAGCAGAGGGACUACGACUCUCGCACGGCGCUGCAUGUCGCUGCAGCUGAAGGUCAUGUGGAAGCUGUAAUUUUCCUGACUGAAAUAUGUAAAGUAAAUCCCCACAUGAAAGACAGAUGGGGGAACACGCCGCUCGACGACGCCAUGCAGUUCGGCCACGACGUCGUCGUUUCCGUCUUGCAGGAGUACCAGCGGGCGUUCGCGGAUGCGGACUCACCAUGCGAUGCGGAGGAGCAGAAGACCACGCUGGACACGCUGAAGAGCAUCGUGUAAUCCACAAAGGGAUCAUAAGGGGUUUGUAAUGCAAAAUCAGUUCAUUCAUUUAUCAUAUGCACCUGAGAGAUGGUUCUUUGGACUGUGGUGAAAAAGGAUUCAACUCCUUCAUAGUGUAUUUUUUUGCAGACUAGGUUUGGUCACUAAUAUAAUGUAUCGCUAAAGCAGAAUAUAUAACCGUUGUGUUGCUUGAAACAUAUUGAUUUAGGUCAUGAUUUGGCACGGUGCAAUAUUGAUGAACUGUUAUUGGCCUUAGCUCCUGAUUUAUAAAUACCACUGACAUGUAAAUAUCAAAAUACGUAUUUUUUUAAAAUAUUCAACUUUAUUUUUGCUUUAUCGUUAAUAUAUUCAAUCAAGAUAUUUCAUGCCCCCUGUGGCUUUUUAAUUUUUCUACCUCAGCAGGUGAUUCAGGCAGGUUCAUUUCUUUUUCUUUCUUUCUGAAUUACUCAUAUCAUAUAAAGGCAUCUGUAUGUCUCGUGCACAUUUUGGUUUCUUUCGAGCACAAAAUAUAUCAUCAAAUUAAACUUUGUGCUGUGAUAGUGAUACUUCCUGACAUAAAUAUAAAAAAAAUUAAACUGAUGCACAAGUCAUGUGCUUAAAACAUUAUUAACCAGUAGAAAUUGUCUCAAAUGAAAGCAUUUUAUUCACCGUUUUUAUUUCAUUAGAAAUGAUUCCUUUAACUCGACGUCAGCUGUAAUCCUUCACUGUAAAUAUAUGUAUCUUUUUGCUGUAAGUAAAAAGAGGUUUGAAAAAAGUGGCAAUACACAGUAUGAACAUGAGGCUGGAAAAGGUUGUGUGUCUGUAAUGUCGGGAAAAGAAAACACAUACAAAAGAAUAUAACCAACCACGCGUUGUUUUUCACAUCAGAACUAAUACUUGAGGUACAGUUCACACAAAAGCAGCUUCUGUGAUAUGAUCCUGAGCCUGGAUGACAUGUGUCAUGUACGUGCAAUCGGAAAACAUUCAGAGUCAGAGCUCUUCCCCCUUUUCUUUUUUUUCACAUUUUGUAAUACAGCAGUCUCAACCUAAAAGUGAAUAAUUUACAGUAAAAAUAAAUCUGACUUGGGUCAUCA